CCACGGUUCGUCUACCCCUGAAUCCAUCCAAAUUUUGCAUUGAAUCCAUCCAGAUUUCCAGCUUUUUUCUCCGCAAACUACGCGUCGGCCCUUGUUUACCUCUGGAACGCGACUUUGUUGUUAUGAACACCCGAGAUCUAUUGCACGAUCUGGGACUGCCGCAAGGGGAACCAUCUCGCCGAGGGUUUUAGUCACCGCUCCUCCCAAGCGUUGGGGCUCUUCAGUGUUCGGGGUACCUGCACAGGUAAGGGUUGGGGGAGAAACAGCCAUCGGGACCCAUUCAGCGCCUCCCGCUAGUUACAUGUGUCUUUGCACCUCGUCAGAGUCCGGUGGUCAAGGAAGGGCUAACCUCUCUGGGGAGGUGGGUGGGUAAAAAGUGCUUGGACUAACUAAAAAGCUAGUUAGUGCAGUCGACAAGCUAACUGCAACGUCCUCCGUUAGUCCCCAUUAGGAGAGGUAAUUAAUUUACAACCUGUAUGCCCUAUGACGAGUGAGUAUGGACUGAAUAUUACCUCGCCAAUGAGCCUAUUCGUCCACGCGACGAUGAGGGUCCCCUCCCCCCGUACUAGGUACUCGAUAGGUGCUCGCUAGGCCCUCGUUCAGGGGGUACCUUUUACCCCUGACGCCCAAUCAUCGUCCAAGUACCGAGUACUUCCAUUGUCCUUCGAAGACUGUUCGGCCGUGACAUGACAUAACCAACGUUUUUUCCAAACCCUCCCCUUUCCCCUGUCCUUGUCCGGCCAUACUUCCGUCGCGUUGUGAACUUUCUUCCACACUUUCCCCUCUCGCCCUUUCUUUGUCCCCGCGGAGGAUUCAUAUCUAGGUCGAGUCGAGUCGUUAUCCCCUACAAGUCCGUUCUACCAGGUCUACUCUUCCCGUGGGAUUUCCAUGCGUCAACAUUCUGGACGAUAAGCGGAGCGGCAAGCAAGUGCUUGCUGCAGGAGUCGACACGGAAGAUCUAGAUCACGCCGUCUCUUCCGCCAGUGCGGCGUCUUCUCCGUUCCAAUCCAAAGACGCGCGCUUUUUACGUGACGAAUCGCAUCUGGGCCCGUCCUUGUUCCUCUCCUCUCCUUCAUCUGGAGAGUCGAGCCCGUCAACUACCGGUUCGCCCUCCCAGCGGCAUUCCCCGCGGAGUAUCACUCUCGAGCCCCCGCGACUGCCAUUCCUUUCGGCCCACCACGCCUCCCGUCGGCCCCAGGAAUCUCUAGUCUCGUCCCCGGAGACUCGCCGAGCGGAUAGCAGUGUUUAUUACACCACGGCCUGGGGGUCCCCGUAUGCUGCGCCCAGCACUCGGCGACUAUCGUUAACCCUCAGCCAAUUUGCCGGCAUCGACCAAGGUUCGCGUGAGAGCUCGCCUACUCCAUCCAUUGCGGCCGAUCACCAGGAGCUCCGACGAGCAAGUGUCGCCGAAGGAUUCACGGAUCAACCGCUGCAGGGAGAGAAAACUAUUCGGGAUUUCACUCAAGAUUGGAUCAAUCAGUAUCUGUCGGGACAACCACGGACGGAGAAAAGCAAUUGGUUAAGCGACGAUUCCGGAAGCGAGGCUCCCUCUUUCUUCACUGCGAAGAAUCACCUCGCGGACGAUCUUUCUGACGAUUGGCUCGGUCUCGAGGACGAUACUCGCGAAAGCGAACUGCUCAAGACUCCAACCCUUUCGGACUUUGUUGGUCGAAGGGCUGUAGCGCGCGCCAAAGGAAAGAAGAGUCAGCAUAAGCGCGCGGAUACUUUGCGCCAGGAGGAUUUUUGGGGUUUUGCGUACGACAAGGAAUCAUCAAACGACAUAAUGGCCGAUUCUCAAGAAACCCAACCACCUGCCGAGGCUGUGUCCCCCGUGGAAAAGCCGUUGCCGCCACCACCAGCCAGUACCGCGGAUGAUAACACGAAUAAUGGAAGCACAGAGGACUCGUCACAAACGGAUGCCCUGAAGAGGCAGGCCUCUGAUAUUAACACAUCAUCUACGCCGGUUGUGCGGCGAAAAAAGAAGGUGCUGUUGGGCCGGAAAGCAUGUAUAAUCGAUCUGCCGAUCGAUGAUCCGCGUGGUACCGAACAGUCUGGUUAUCGUCUGUUGAGACGUGAAGAAGUGGAGGAACGCUUGAAAAAGUGGGAGCAGGAAGGAUGGGAUGUUCGUGGAUUCACCAUUGGCGACGAAGUUGAUCCUUUGGCAACCACCGAGCUUGGUGGUUUGAGCCGUCCAUUGUAUCCCGAUCCGUAUGAGGUUUACGAAGAGACGAAGGGCCAGCGGCCGUUCAUUCAGUUCCCCGACAAGGCUGUGUGGGAUGCCUACGUUGCAGAGCUACAGGAGGAGAAGCUGCGGGCUCUCGGUGUUUCAUUUGGCGACCCCGAGCCUCAACCUUCGAUCUCCCCUGCAUCGGCUGCUCAGACACCUUUCCCUGGCCUCGUGGCCUCGCCGCCGAUUCCCACUGCCUCAGCUGGAAGCAAUCCACUGGGUGCGUUGCAUCCCUUCUCACCUCACUUUGGCCAGCCAGCUGGAACGACAAGUGGUGGUUUUGGAUCUUUGGCGUCACCUGCUUCUCAAUUCAGCGUGCAAACUCCUUUCAUGGGUAUCGAGCAAAGCAUGAUGCCUGGUUACCCAUUCCAAUUCCAGCCUACACCCCCUGCGCAGGGCUCCAUGACCCCCCAGAACCUGAUCAAUCUUCGACAAGCCAGCGGAUCGGGGGCUCCUGGCAGCCUUCACAACUUCAACUCCAUGCUGUCUCCUGUCUCUCCGCUUCAUGAACAGGGUGCUUUCCAUGGAUUUAACGAGAAGGCUGUAUGGGAUAACCAAUAUGGACAUGAUGGUCAAGACGACGGACCGCCCUACCCUACUCCCCAGACUCCCGUCAAUGUCCCGGACCACUUCCACACAUCGAAUGUUGAGAUUGCUCACCCGACACCCCGUGGACAUGGUCAUAAUUUGAGCGACGCUCUCCAGCGCGGACUCGACCAAAUGAACCACUCCGAAUACCGUAGGGAUGACCAGAUGGAGCAUCACAUGAGUGAGAAUCACGAUGAUCAUCACCAGGGCUUCAACCCCGCCAUCCUCCAGAACCACUGGGCGAUGCACGAACAGGGCCAACACCAGAUUCAGAACAACGUACGACAGCCAUCGCAUCACUUCAACCAGCAACCUCACGACUUUUAUAACCCCCACUUUGGUCAACCUGAUCCUCACGAGGGCUCGGAUCUGGAAACGAAUCCCAGUAUUACUGGAACCCCUCGUACUCGCGGUGUCUUGCCUAACCAAGCACCCUGGCACGAGUCCAAAGCCAGCCAUCACUCUAAGCUCUCUAUCUCAUCCCUCAAUGUGGAAGCCAGGCCGUUUGAUCCCACCGCUUCAUUCGCGCCCCAACCGGGAGCGUUCGGUAACAACGCCAUCCAGUUUAGCGGCAUGGAUGGGAUGGCCCAAUCCGGAUUCGGCUUUGCUCCUGCGCCAUCUUUCGCGCCGGUUAACGUGAUGAACGGAUCUGUUCAUCGCAACCCGGUUCCCGAGCCCGAGCCCGAGCCGAAGCCCAGCUCAUUCAGGUUCUCUGCUGCCUCGUUCAACGUGGACGCACCCGUGUUCAAUCCUUCUGCUAGCCUCAACUCGAAUGCCAGCUCCGAGCAGCCCUCUGGUAGUCGAACUAAGAUCUUUGGGGAUAUCGAUUUCGCUGAAAUUGCUAAGCCGCCCCCCAAGGAAAAUAAAGCUAUCCCUAUCGUUCGUCCUGAUGAGGCUGAAUAUGCCAGGGAGGAACAUGAGCAGGCGACCAUGGACGAUGCCGAAGGUCGACCCGUCCCUACUGACCGUCACAAGCGCGCUCGUCGUGCUAUUGGCCAUGCUCAGGGUGAGGCUCGAUAUAGCAUUUCCACGCAGCCCUUGGGCGACGCUGGUAACGCUCAAGCUCAGGCCUCAAGCUCUCUUCACAACCCUGCUGAGGGUAAGGAGAAUGCUUUGCCCGUAGAUGACAAGCAUGCCGAGCGUCGGGGUACUCCGAUGAGCGAGGCUACUACUUGGACCUUGUUUGACGUUAAGAACGAAGGCGACGAAGCCCGGUCCCGUGCUGGAUCAGACGCUCGCCCUGAACAAACCGAGGAUGUCAAGGAAGAGCCUGUCGCUGAGGCUGAGGCUGAGGCUGAGUCUGAACAGACUGGUCAGGAAACCGCUCCAGCCAAGGAGCAGAAGCCUGUCAAACAUGGUCUUCAGGAUUCUCAGAGCUCCAUAAAGAGCACCAUGUUGUCGCCCACCGCACAGCCUUUCGAGUUCAAGCCCGCUGUUUCUUCAUUCGUCCCACCGAGUGUCUCUACUUCAAAUCUUACUCAGCAAAGCGCGGUUGAGCCCGAGCCUGUUAAGAUCGUGGAGAUCGAGCCCAAGCCUGUCGAGAAGCAGCCUGCCAAGGGCGGACUUAUGGCUUCUCGCUUUGCUACUGCCAGCCCACCCAAGGCAGCGCCUGCACCAAUUGAGAGGAGCUAUGCCGAGCAAACGCCGCAGCCUAGGCAUGAUCUGUCGCGCUGGCAGGAAUCCGCUGAGGAGUCACCGGAUGACGAGGAGCUCAACGCCAUUAUGGAGCAACUUAAUGAUGACUCUGACGUUGGCAUCGAGCGCCAGCACACUCCCCUUCCACCUCACUUUGUAUCCGAGUCCGCUCCCACCAAGGAGCACCGCUUUGGCUCAGCUGAAGCCCGAAGCGAGGCUCCUAGCCCCAGCCCUGGUGGUGGCCAAAAGACCUACAAGCUCAACAUUCCCAGACUCGGCUCCGAUAUCGAUGCCGCCAGCAACGCUACUUUCUCGCCUCAGAAAAGUCUUAUCUCGCGUAUUCAAUCUCCUGUGCGCCAGCUUAUCACGGAGAAUGAUCAUGUCAGCGAUUGGGAUGACAUGAUCUCCUCGGGCGAGGAUGAGAAGUUCUUCAACCGCAACCGCUUCUUCGAUCGCCGCAUCAAUGACAUCGUUGGCUCUGCCAUUGAUGAUCGUUUGACUCCCAUGGAGCGUGCUUUGGCGGUCAUCCAACAGUCCAUUGCUACGAUUGCUUCUGGUACUGCCAGCCGGAGGGUCUUCCGCAGCACCUCCGCUGAAAUGGAGGAUAGCGAUGCAGAUGAUGAAGAUGAUGGCGAGGAGCACGAGAGCUCGGUACGUGAGCGGUCCCCGCACCACAUGCGCGAUCGCAAGUUGGAGAUGUUGAAGAGUGUCGUCAUGGAGGCACUGGUUACGCAUGAUAUGCCCAACCGUGGUAUUCAACACUCGAGCCACAGCGAGAUGGCUCAGCUUAAGGAGAGCAUUGCAGAGCUUCAGGCCUUGACUAUCAAAAAGUUGGCUCAAGACCCUGUUGGUGAUAUGCGUGAGAUUCUCGAGGAGUCUCUCGUCCGCCACAUGGCUCAGCAGACCCCGCGAUUGUCGGAGGCUGACGAGAUUGGUGCCGACAGCCUUAUGCUCCAGAUUGACGGUCUGAAGAGCAUGUUACGUCUAGCUGAUGAGCGUGCUGAGACUGAGUACCGGUUGCGUCGCGAGGCCACCGACUCUGUUGGUGAGCUUCAGCAACUGCUGAAGGUUGCCGAAGAGGAUGCUGCCCGUCACAGCGCGGCUGCGGAGGAUGCGGAGGCCCGUCUUCUCCAGUUCAAGGAAGAGAAGAUCCCCCACCUGGAGAAGAUGCAAUUCCGUUCCGAGUCCCUCGCUGAGGAGAGUGAGACUCUCAAGGUUACGAUUGCAGAGCUCUCCACCAAGAAUAUUGCGCUCGAGGGCACCUUGGACGAGUACCGCGUUUCAGCUGAUAGCUUCCGUCGUCAGUUGGAGACUACCAAGGCUGAGAAUUCGUCCUUGCAUGAGACUGUUGACGCCUUGCGCACUCGUAUCGAGGAUAGCAUGGCUGCUCGUCAGAACUUGACUGAGAAGUUUGACCGGUUACAGACUGAUAUGGUGAACGUCACGGCCGACGUUGCCCGCGAGCAGGCUUCCUGGCGCCGUAAAGACGAGGAACAAGCUGCCAAGUAUAAUGAGCUGCUGGCCUCGUUCAACCGUGAGGUCAAGCUUCGUGAAAAGUUGGAGGAGGAAGUUGCCGUCUUCGAGAAGCAGGAGAAGGAGGCUGCUAAGAUCAAGUUCCUCUAUGAGCAGUCGCAGCAAGAAAAUGUUAAGAUGGAGGAGACUAUUGCCGUUCUGCGGGCAGAGAAUCACAAUCUUCAGUUGACUGCUGCUCGCUUCGAGCGCGAGUUCAACGAGGCUCGUGAGAGCAGUCGCAUGGAGAUUCAGCGUACGCGCACAUCGAUGGAGGCAGAUCUCGAGGCUUCAAAUAGCCAGGUCAACAUUGUUCGUGCUGAGCUCGAGGCUCAGAUUCUUCGUCUUGAGACUCAGCUGGAUAAUGUUCGUCUUGACGCUGAUACCUCUCGUGAGCGCUAUGAAAUGUUCCUCGAGGAGGCAAAGGAGUCACGUCUUACUGCCCUUGCCACUGCGAACGAGGCGCGAGAGGUUGCCCUUGAAGAGCAGCGUAAGACUCAUGAGCGGGUGCUUAACGAUCUUCGCGAGCGCCACGCCCGUGCCUUGCACAAUUCUUCCGAGGAUCGCCAGCGCGGUGAGGCUCAUAUGAUCGACCGCUUGGCUCUAGCGGAUGAUCGGGCUAAGCACCUCGAGGAACGCGUCCAACAUCUCGAGGAGAAGCUGGAGAUUGCCCAGUCCGCUGCCCGUGCUGCCGCUGAAGCCGCGCACACUGCUAAGGCAGCUCCUACCACGAUUACCGUUCCAACUCCCACAGCGCCUACCCACUCGACUUCGCCUUCCAUGUCCUUUAGCAAGGGAUCGCACGAGCCGGAGAGAAUCUCCCCGCAGGCCCUGCGUGAGUCAAUCUUUGUCUUGCAGGAUCAGCUUCAACAGCGUGAGACCCGUAUCGAGGAACUUGAGCAUGAGAUUGGGUCUAUGGACAAGGAUGCCCCCAACAAGAUCAAGGAGAGGGACAGCGAGAUCAAUUGGCUCCGUGAGCUGCUCGGUGUUCGCAUCGAUGAUCUCCAGGAUAUCAUCAAAACUCUCUCCCAGCCUUCCUUCAACCAGCAUGCCGUCCGCGACGCUGCUAUUCGCCUAAAAGCCAAUCUCCAGAUGCAACAGCAAGAACGGGAACGCGUGCAGACCGGCUCGGGUCUACCAUCCCUUCAGUCCCUCACCGAGCUCGCUGCCUCGCCCCGUUCACUCCCCCUCGCUGCAGCUGCAGCCUGGGGUAGUUGGCGCAAGGCCCGUGAGAGUGCCAACGGAGGUUCAACUCCAUCCGAGCAGACCCCGUCCAAGUCCAGCAACGCCGGCGCAUUCCUGUCGGGUCUUCUGACGCCUCCGAGCUCCCAUGCCCGCCAGAACGCUCCCAACCCGAGUGGCCCUGGACGCGCUUACGCAGAGACUCGUCCGCUGAGAGGCUUCAACUCGACUCCUCGCCGUGGAUCAGUUCGUCAGGAAGUCCCCAUCGCCGAGCCCCCAAAGACCCCUCCUCUCCUCCGCCGCUCGAGCUAUGAUCACGACGCCGAGCCGGCAAACUACGAAGAGGGAAACUUUGCCUCGGAUGAUAUUGAGUCUACCGUCGACGGCAUGGUCUCGGCUUCGCCUAAGGACUCAGAUGAGGGACCCUUCGGCCCAUCGAUCUCCGCUGAAGCCAUCGCCGAAGAGUGAUCGUGUCCGCCCUGAUAGUUUCGUUCUAUUUCAUUAGACAGUCUGAAAUUUCAUGUCCCACAGGUCUCCGCGAGACUCGUUUUCGAGGGACCAAAAACGUUUCCUUUUGUGGAUCGCGGAUAUCUGAAUGGUCAAGAAUAUCUCCAUUUCGUUGUGAUUUUAUGCCUUAUUGUUCUUUUCUUCCUAUUUGUCUUUUGCUUUUGCUUUUUACUCGCGUGGCUUUUUACUUACAGCGCCUUCAUUUACUCACACUUGGUACCUACCUCGACGGAGUACCAGACCACACAUGUCCCACCAUCCAUUACUACACCACUCCCCUCUCUGACUCUCUUCUCUCACUCUUUGUAACCAGCCAAUCACUGAACCCUGCCACUCGUUCCGCAUCCUGACAAUCCACCCCCACAUACAUAUUUCCUUCAUUCCGAGACCGGAUCUGUGAUUUUUGUCGUCCUUUCGGAUUUGAUACCACCCCGUUUUGAUUUAUCUGUAUCUUGGUUGUCCCCGUCUUCUAUGGCAAUCCAUAAUCUCUUUUUUUGCUUCGUGCUCUUCCUAAAUUACCCUGUAUAUUCUUUUGGAAGCUUUUAUACUUCGUGUUUUACAUAUUAAUAGUGAAGCUGUUAGUCGCUCGCUUCCUUCCGCGGGAGGUGUUGGAUAUUAUCUAUACAUAUGACCAUUCAUCUUCUUAAUGCUUCAGCUGGCAUGAGUCUACAGCAUUCUUUUUCAUUAUACAGCUUAGCUGUUUUGGAGCU